CCUUUAGACUCCUCUCUCUCUCCCUUCUCUCUCUUUCCGUGCCUCAGAGAGCACAGGAAUUUAUAAGGACAAAGCCAAGAAACUUACAAAAGGAUUUAAAGAGGAUAAAGAGAAAGAAAGAGUUUGGAAAGGGGAAGCUAGGAAGGAAAAGAGGAAAGAGGAAUAAAAGGAGAGGAGUUGGAGAGGAGAGGAGAAGAGAGAAGGGAUGGCAGAUAAGAUGGGGAAGAGAACGGAGAAAACGGUGGAGAAGUCCAGCUUCUCUGUCACCUGUAGCCGCUUGAGCCAGUUCUUGAAGGGGAAGGGAAGCUUUGGCGACCUGGGCCUCGAAAUCGCCCCUCGGCCAAUUGAACAAGCCAGAGGAAUAAUUCGGGCACCCACCACCACCAUGAAAUUGAUGCCAGGGGUUGAUGUGUCGGAAGAAGACCAUUCCGAAAAUGGCGCAGGCCAAACUGCUCCAAAAUCUAUGGACCUUUUCCCCCAACACACCGGUUUUGACUCUGUUCUUGCCCCGGCUAAGGUGGAAUCUAGCAUGAGUUCACAUAAUAAGGAGCCAGAGAAGAAUCAGUUGACGAUCUUUUACGCCGGAAAAGUGUUGGUUUUCGAUAAUUUUCCAGCGGAAAAAGUCAAGGAUUUGAUGCAGAUGGCAAUGAAGGAGAGCUUAACUGCUCAAAAUUUGGGUUUCACCACCCCUUCAUCAACUGCAGCAAGAGUUGAUUUUUCUCACCAAACUAGCCCUAAUAUUGCAUCCACCACCGGCAGCCAACCGGUGGUGCUUCAAAAUAGCAUGCCAAAACCUCCUCAAGCCAAUGCUUCAGAUAUGCCCAUUGCAAGAAGGAAUUCCCUCCAUAGAUUCCUUGAGAAGAGGAAGGAUCGGAUUAGCACCAAAGCACCAUACCAAGUGAAUGCUGCUGCUGCUGCUGCUUCUUCGGCAGCAGUGGAUGCGGCCAAGGCAGAGGAUAGCGAGUCCUGGCUUGGUCUAGGUCGACCAGUUACAAAGCCAGAGAGCUCUAAUUCAGAGGGUAAAAGAUAGGAGAUGCGAUGUAGAAAUUUUCUGAAGACCAUCUGACUUGAAUGCAGUUCUUGCUCUAUGCUUCCUACUUUAGAUACACAGGUCUGAGAUGGAGAAGUGGAUGCACUGACUGAAUUCUGUAACCUGGAGCAAGUGUAAGGGCAAGGGUGAUUUUAUAAAUUAGCAAGAAUAAUGUCAUCAUUAUUCUUCAGGAUUAGACAUAGAAGUCGAGUUCUUUUUUAGCAGCUGGUAGGUCAUGACUGCAAUACAGAGUGGAAGACAAAAAAUAAAUUGAUGAUUACAAUCAUAUGCAUAAAGAAUGUUUAUCAUCAUUCUAAAUCUUAUGUUUAACCAAUAGUCUUGUUUAACUAAUAUUACUGCAUUUGUAAUUUA